CCUCUGUCCCUCACCUACCUCUCUCUCUCUCUCUGCGUGCGAUCCAGAGACUUCCGCUGAGGAGAAUGGGGAAGAAGACGAGCUGGCUCUCCACCGUGAAGAAGGUAUUCAAGCCCAAGGACUCAUCCCCGCCGUCCGAUCACCGGUGGGAGAGGGAGGCAGAUGCGGAGGCGGAGGCGGAAGAGAACGACGGCGCUGCGGCGGAGAUAGUGUCGGUGGAGCACUUUCCGGCGGAGACGUCGCCGGAGGCGACGAACCACGAGAGCGGGGGAGGGUGGGGGGAGGAGGUGGCAGAGCGGGAGCGGGCCAUCGCCGCGGCCACGAGGGCCGCGGCGGCGGCAGCGGAGGCCGCCGCGAGGGUCGUCCGGCUGGCUGGCUGCGUCCGGCCGUCGAAGGAGGAGCGAGCAGCGGUGGUCAUCCAGUCCGUCUACCGCGGUUACUUGGCUCGGAGGGCAUUACGAGCGUUAAGGGGACUGGUGAGGCUGCAGGCGCUCGUGAGAGGCCACCACGUCCGGAAGCAAGCACACAUGACCUGGCGCUGCAUGCAGUCACUCGUCCGCGUGCAGGCCCUCGUCCGCAACCGCCGCCUCCAAGUCGCCAGCCACCGCAACGUGCUCUUCUCUCCGUUCCCCGCGGCCGCGGCCGCCACCCACCAUGGCCCUUACCAAUUCCGUCAUCCAAAAAUGAGGGCAGCGCCACGAGACCACCUCCAAGAUUUCCACCUCAUGGAAGAAGAAGACGAGGAGGAGGAGGAGGAGGAAGCAGAUGGAGGAGGCAAUCGUCGUGUCUACAUGAAGAGCCACAACUCCAAGAGUUUGGGACUGAGGAACUGGGACGGGCGACAGCAAAGCCUGGACGCCAUCGCGGUCAACUCCCAGCGGAAGCACAAUGCCCUCGUCCGCCGAGAGAGAGCCCUCGCUUACGCUUACACCUAUCAGCAGCAGCAGCAGCAACAGCGGUGGCAUGAGAAGCCCCAAUGGGGCUGGAAUUGGCUGGAGCGUUGGAUGGCCGCCCAACAGUGGGAGGCCCGGCAUGGUGCACCCCCGCCGCAGCCGAUGAGCUCCUACGUCACGGCCACCGCCAUGGACGGCCUGUCGGAGAAGACGGUCGAGAUGGACCCCGGGAGACGAAGCCCAAUAAAUCCCAUGCACUAUUCCUACCACCUCAGAGAUGAUCCCGGCCGGCAGCCGGCUGUUCCGAGCUACAUGGCGGCCACUCAGUCCGCGAUGGCCAAGGUUCGAGCCCAGGCUCCGCCGGUAACGAAAUGGAACUCCACCUCCAGGAGAGCCAAGUCGGGUAACAUGGCAGACUCGUCGAGCUCCGGCGGAGGGACGUCUGCCACAAUUAAUCCGGUCGGUCGAAGCCCCAUCCAUAUGGGAGUUGGGCUUGCAGGGCGGCACACGGGGUACAGCCCUGAUUCGAGCUGCGGCGGGGAUGACUGCACGCCACCGUUCGGAGGUCGUGGGAGGAGGACCACUGUGAACGUUUGAGGGUCAGAUAAAUGGGAACCAAGCACGUAUACUGGAGCAACUAUUUAUAUGCCACCACGUUCUUCUUAUCUGGCAAUCUCUUCUGGGGAGGCUCAACCACCCUCUGUAACCUGGAACUCUCUUUCAGCGGAGAAGAAAAAGAAAGAGAAAAGUAAGAAAGAAAGGAACGAAGUCCGUGCAUGCUUGCUUCGUUUGCUGUAGAAACAAUGUCAGGGUGAGAACUACAUAUAUUCGUAUGUGGUGUGUGUGUGUGUUUAUGUUUAAUGAUGAGAAAAUAAUGCUACGAGUGAUGAAUCCAUGUCUAGUUUGAUGCAGUUAUUAAGACAUUAUCUUGAGUUAAA